AUGGUGCGAUUUCUUGCUGCUGAGAGCGGAGCAGAUUUUAGCGCGCAGGAUUAUAUGGGAAAUACAGCGUCACAUUACCUUGCUUCGUAUAAGAUUGUUAACAAGAAAGCUCUGAACUUCCUCCUCUCGUUUACGGAGGCUGCGAAGAGUUGGGCGACGGUUGAGAAUGAGGCUGGCUAUACUACUGCGGAUCUGUAUGAGCUGGGUCAGCUGGUUAGUGAAGUACGAGAGUUGGAAGCAUGA